GUAGGAGCGGUCACUGUUUGGGGCCAGCUCAAAGCCUGGGGCCUCUCGGUAACACGAGCCGAGGUAAGGAGCACCUUGCAGCAGUUGGAGCCAGCAAAUCUUGCCAGUCGUACCACGCAUACAGUACAACGACGAAGGUACCACGUACCGUUUGUGAACUCAGUCUGGCACAUCGAUGGUCAGCACAAGCUUAUCAACUGGAAGUUUGUGAUACACGGUGCCAUCGAUGGCAAGUCACAC